GCGGAGCUCUAGAGCCAGCGAGGAGCGAAGCAGAGCCUGGCCUCUCACGCUCCUGGAAGCCCCCUCCUGGGACAGUUCCUUCCCCUUUCCUUUCUCAGGCUCCCCUCCUGCCCUCCUCCUCUGCCCACCACAAUGCAUUCUUGAGUGGCAGCGUCUGGACUCCGGACAACUCCAGAGAGCCGAAGCCAGCCAGAGGGAGAGGACUGGAGCCAAGACACUGCUGGGGGAGCUCGGAUGCCUGGCUUUCUUUGAGGACAUCUUUGGAGAGAGGGUGGCUUUGGGGUGGGGGAUUGUGCUGCAGGGAAUCCAGCCUGGCCCCAAGAUGGACACUUCUGGGCACUUCCAUGACUCUGGGGUGGGGGACCUGGAUGAAGACCCCAAGUGUCCCUGUCCAUCCUCUGGGGAUGAGCAGCAGCAACAGCCGCAACAGCAGCAACCGCCACCACCGCCAGCGCCCCCAGCAGCCCCCCAGCAGCCCCCAGGACCCCCGCUGCAGCCUCAGCCUCCACAGCUCCAGCAGCCACCGCAGCCACCGCAUCCCCUGUCUCAGCUCGCCCAACUCCAGAGCCAGCUUGUCCACCCCGGCUUGCUACACUCCUCUCCCACCGCGUUCAGGGCCCCCCCUUCGGCCAACUCCACCGCCAUCCUCCACCCUUCCUCCAGGCAAGGCAGCCAGCUCAAUCUCAAUGACCACUUGCUUGGCCACUCUCCAAGUUCCACAGCCACAAGUGGGCCUGGUGGAGGCAGCCGGCACCGGCAGGCCAGCCCCCUGGUGCACCGGCGGGAUAGCAACCCCUUCACGGAGAUCGCCAUGAGCUCCUGCAAGUACAGUGGUGGGGUCAUGAAACCCCUCAGCCGCCUCAGCGCCUCUCGGAGGAACCUCAUCGAGGCCGAGCCUGAGGGCCAGCCCCUCCAGCUCUUCAGUCCCAGCAACCCCCCAGAGAUCGUCAUCUCCUCCCGGGAGGACAACCAUGCCCACCUGACCCUACUCCAUCACCCCAAUGCCACCCACAACCACCAGCAUGCCGGCACCACUGCCAGUAGCACCACCUUCCCCAAAGCCAACAAGCGGAAAAACCAAAACAUUGGCUAUAAGCUGGGACACAGGAGGGCCCUGUUUGAAAAGAGAAAGCGACUCAGUGACUAUGCUCUGAUUUUUGGGAUGUUUGGAAUUGUUGUUAUGGUGAUAGAGACCGAGCUGUCUUGGGGUUUGUACUCAAAGGAUUCCAUGUUUUCAUUGGCCCUGAAAUGCCUUAUCAGUCUAUCCACCAUCAUCCUGCUGGGUUUGAUCAUCGCUUAUCAUACACGCGAAGUCCAGCUCUUCGUGAUCGACAAUGGCGCGGAUGACUGGCGGAUAGCCAUGACCUACGAGCGCAUCCUCUACAUCAGCCUGGAGAUGCUGGUGUGCGCCAUCCACCCCAUUCCUGGUGAGUACAAGUUCUUCUGGACGGCACGCCUGGCCUUCUCCUACGCGCCGUCGCGCGCGGAGGCCGACGUCGACAUCAUCCUGUCCAUUCCCAUGUUCCUGCGCCUGUACCUGAUCGCGCGCGUCAUGCUGCUGCACAGCAAGCUCUUCACCGACGCCUCGUCGAGAAGCAUAGGGGCGCUCAACAAGAUCAACUUCAACACCCGCUUCGUCAUGAAGACGCUCAUGACCAUCUGCCCCGGCACCGUGCUGCUGGUGUUCAGCAUCUCGCUGUGGAUCAUCGCCGCCUGGACGGUGCGCGUGUGCGAAAGGUACCACGACCAACAGGAUGUAACCAGUAACUUUCUGGGUGCCAUGUGGCUUAUCUCCAUCACAUUCCUUUCCAUUGGUUACGGGGAUAUGGUGCCCCACACGUACUGUGGGAAAGGUGUCUGCCUUCUCACUGGCAUCAUGGGUGCAGGCUGCACUGCCCUUGUGGUGGCUGUGGUGGCCCGAAAGCUGGAACUCACCAAAGCAGAGAAGCAUGUUCACAACUUUAUGAUGGACACUCAGCUCACCAAACGGAUCAAGAAUGCUGCAGCCAAUGUCCUUCGGGAAACAUGGCUAAUCUAUAAACACACAAAGCUGCUAAAGAAGAUUGACCAUGCCAAAGUCAGAAAGCACCAGAGGAAGUUCCUCCAAGCUAUCCACCAACUGAGGAGUGUGAAGAUGGAACAGAGGAAAUUGAGCGACCAGGCCAACACUCUGGUGGACCUUUCCAAGAUGCAGAACGUCAUGUAUGACCUAAUCACAGAACUCAACGAUCGCAGUGAGGACCUGGAGAAACAGAUCGGCAGCCUAGAGUCCAAGCUGGAGCACCUUACGGCCAGCUUCAAUUCCUUGCCCCUGCUCAUCGCAGACACCCUCCGCCAGCAACAGCAGCAGCUCCUGACUGCCAUCCUGGAGGCCCGAGGUGUGAGCGUGGCAGUGGGGACCACCCAUGCCCCCAUCUCUGACAGCCCGAUUGGUGUCAGCUCCACCUCCUUCCCGACCCCAUAUACAAGUUCAAGCAGUUGCUAAAUAAAACUCCCCACUCCAGAAGCGUUAACCAUAGGUCUUAAGAUGCAAAUCAACUCUCUCCUGGUCGAUUUACCACCAUGGAACUCUCAGACCAGAGACUAGAGAGAAGCAAGACCCAGCGAAUUAGCUAACUCACGUUCAUUCGGCGUGCUUGGUUCGAGAUGCCUUGAAACCAGAAAUCUAAUCUCUGUUUAGGUGCCUCUACUUGGGAGCAGGAAGAGGACAUGACAGGAAGCGACACCUCUGGCAGGGCCCUUGCUGCACGGUUGGUGGAGAACAGAAAUCCACGCUCAAUCUCAGGUCUUCACAUGGGGGUGGGGAGGGGAUAUACUGAGGCAGCCAGCUGUGGUGCCGCCUGGAAGAGGGGCCGCUGUGAGAGGGUGGGGUCAGGCUGGGGCACCUCAGCACACCUUUCUCCUUUCUUGUUGUCUAAGGAAGCCUCUGGGUGACAAAAGUAAAAGAACUGCCCACAACUUGCCAAAACAGACAUACCCAAUUUAGAAUGAGAACAAGCCAGAUUUCCCGUCCUAUGUUAAUACCCACAGAAACCUGUGUGUUUGCAAAUGCGUGCAAGCUCAUACACGUGCACAUCCCACAUUUGGUCCAGGUCCUUUCUUGAGAUCAACCCAAAUAAAAUGGGACCUGGUGCCUUUUCCUGCACACAGUAGGCAGUCUCUAACUUGGGUCGAGUUGGCUUGCAUCUCAGUGUGGGAUGCAUUUGGUUCAGGUAGUUAACUAGUAACAGCCACCUUCUGAGCUUUAUUGAAGAUGCAGGUCCCUUCCAACACAGUACAGGUUGCUUUACCCUGGAUACACACUAUGUGUUAUUUGAAGUGAAUGCUGAGCAAAAUUGUUGGCAUUCUGGAGGGAUAAGCAAGCUUCUAAAAAUAACAGAUCUUGCAGAGUUUUCUUCUUACAUCUAAACAAGCUGUGUUUUGAGGGACCAUGUGCACAGGUAUAUAUAUGCGAGGGAGGGGAACAGAGCAUGCACAAGCAGGGGCAACCCAAUGACAUGACCAGGAAUAGAAGUGUUGUCUGGGAUUUGCUGAGCUGUAUCCACCCAGUGACAGACAUUAGGAGUACAAAAGGGCCAGGUGCCCACUGGUGAGCUGCUAAGCUUGGAGGAGGAUAGAGUGGCCUGUGUGGUCCCUUCUACCUGAUCUGAAGUCACCUCAAAGGGAAAUCUAGUGAGAACAUAGCCCCAAAGGAAACCUUGUGGGUAAGAUAAAAGAGAUUUGCAGACUGUUCCUACUAUGCCAUGUUAAUCUUGGUGCAAAAAUUAUUCCCAUAUGUCUCAAACUCCAGGAGACUCCAAAAACAAGACAGAGCAUAGUGACAGGCACUGAAAAUCUUUUUCAUUGCUCCGUAAUCUGACUACACAUUGCAUUUGUGAUGUGAAGCCCAUCACGUUAGUCAUCACUUUUCACAAUCUGAGGUGUUUGACCUCUGCUUCUGGGAAAGUAAAUGGUACUGUAUGAAAUAUUUCAUCUGUUUAGGGUAACACAAAGGGGUGUUACUUGCAUAAGAUUGUCAUUCUGGGUUUAGUUUUGCACCAAAACAUCAUGGGCAUUCUCAAGGUGGUGCCUUGCUGUGCAGACUUUUCCUCUGCAGUGCUGGGUCCGGUCCUCUAGGGAUGAAGGAAUCACUGGCCUGUUAGGUAGAUAACCACUACCUAAAACGAGGGCCUCUCUUUUGGGAAGAUCUGGUCUGUUGCUAACCUCUUCUUUGUGUCUUUCAAUUGAUUUUGUUUUGUUUGCUUGUUUGGCAGUGCUGGGGAUGCUCGCACAUGCCAGGCAAGUGCUCUACCACUGAGCUGCACCCCGAUCCGCUGCUGCUGUUUUAAUCUUCUUAAUGGUUUACUCUUGGUAAUUCCCCAGAACAUUUUCAUUAGUUUUUGUUUUUUGCAUACCAGAGAUGCCACACCUGCUGUUGGCUUUUUAUUUUUAUACUCAUUCUUUUACUAUUAAUUAUCUGAAAGAUUCUCCCUUCCUUUUUUUUCCUUUUCUUUCCAAGAAUGGUGCUUCUGUGUGAGCAGAUGUAUAAACAGAUGAAAUAGUCAUGCAGUUUCCUUGUGGCAUUACCUCCAUUUCACAAAGCCCCCUGAUUGGUCCUCCUGAGUACGCCAAUCUUGAUCAUUUAAUGUCUGUCCUCAACCACUGACACCUGCUCACCUCUUCCAUUCUGCUCCACCUUGUGCUGUGUGCACACACACAUAUGUAUGGGUGUGGCCAUGGGCAUAUGCACACGUAGAGAUUUAGCCUUCCUUUCAAUUAAUGACAUGCAAGAUUCCACCACCUGCUGGGUUGGUGGAGCUCACCUGUAAUCCCAGCACUGAGGCAGGAGGAUUGCUAUGUGUUUGAGGCUAGCCUGUGCUACAAAAUGAGUUUAAGGCCAGCCUGAACUGCAUAGUGAAAACCUGUCUUAAAAAAGAAAAAGAAAAAAAAAUAAAGGGAAAAAAAGAUUUGCCCACCACUCCUUCUUCCUGAAAGUGUGCACAGAUUAUUAUUUGCCCAUCAUGGUCUGUGGAUAAUUCUUUAGCCCAUUAUUGAUGCUCUCACUAGGUGAACACUGAAGACCAAGUUAGCAGCAACCAGUUGAGGGAGUUUUGGGAGCUGUUUCCAGUAGCAGUGCCCACUGGCAUCACAGAGAUACACGGGCAUUUGUAGCAUGACUUGACCUAUUGGUAGUGCAAUAGCUAUGAAUGGUUUCUAUCAUUGGCAAGACUACUCACUCUUCAAGAAAUAAGUGACUGAAUCUGCAUGUUGAUUCUGUAAUGGUAAAUGGGAUUCUAUUUCUCUGUACUAGUAUUUCAGCUUUAUGUGGGGAAGUUACAAUUCUCUUGCAAAUAUAAUCAACUCUUAAUGACCUAGGUAUCGAUUAUCCUGGAUGUAACUCACCUGGAUUUUCUUUUGACCUCAGCAUCACAGUCAGAGGGGAAAGGAGACAGGAGUCUAAUGCCAUGCCUACUUAUACUUUAUUUGCAAGUUUGGUAGUGGAGGAGGUUUAAUUUUCUACUUAAGGAUGGGCCACAUAGGCUUGGGAUGUAACUCAGUGAUGUGGUACCUACCUAGCAAGUGUGAGGCUCUGUCCAGCAAACAUGAGUUUGAUUAGUGGUAUCAAAAAAGGAGGAGAAAAAGACCAAGACCUUCCCCCAAAACAAGCAGAUGAAAAAUCUAAUGGGCUAUGUGUGAAAACUAUUAAUCAUGGUAACCUCAUUCCAGUACUGAACUACUUAAUUCUGCCCACUCCUAGAAGGCCGGCCCAGUGGCAGAGCUCCUCCUAUAAUCUUUCUGAUGAUACAGUGGCAGGUCAAAGCACUCUAAUAUUCCCCAAGCUAUCUACACACUUGAAUUAGAAAUACAGAGCCACCCCCUCAUCGCUUAAGCCAUAUUAUAGCUUCAUGUACUGUAAAGUCAGGGACGUACUGUGAUAUUUUAAUACCACUAAUCUCAGUGGAAUUUGAGGAAAUAGCAGCAGUUGGUAAAUUAUACCAGACUAGAAGCUCACUCCUCCUUAGAUUGAAGUCCAAAUAAAAAUCUGCACCUUUGGAUUAAAGGCCACAUACGUGUGAUCAUCAUCAAUAAAUUGUCAUAAAGUGUUUAUGAACUGUUCUUGUCAUCUUCCAAAUAUAUAACCUCAUGACAUUAUAUCUAUAGAAAUGCUUAAUACAAUCCAAAAGAACAAGAGGAGGUCAACCCUGAGUCACCACUGACUGCCUGACUUCAGCAGGGACCAGUGGUCUGACAGCCUCAUAAAUUAGGAGCUGUAGACUGUGCACAGGAGAAUAAAUACUAAAAUGCUGAGCAAGUGCAAGUUCUUGUGAUUAUUAAGGCCAAGAAGGAAUAUCAUUGAGAGAUAAUGACUUUAUUAUACUUGAGGAUUUCCCCCUUACAUUUUAAGUGAUAUUCUGUGAAUAAGUCAUGCAAAAGAACAAUAUUAGGGAUUAAAAAAAAACCACAAUAAAUAAAAAUCUAAAUCUGGAUCCACAUCUUUGGAUCCUCAGCUUCUCUGUACUUAAAAUGAAGGUAAUAUUAAUAUUAGUAAUUACAAAAUAUUCAGUAGAGGGGAAAAAUGAAAUCACUAUUGUCACCAACAGCAGCUUGGACUGGCCAACUAGGCCACACUUUGCUGCUACAUUUGAAUGCAGUCCGUAAUUACCAAAAAGUCAUUAUGAAAUGUCAGAUGGGCCGCAGAGUCAGCAGGGAGGAAUAUGGGUGUGGGAUGAGCACAUAGUUCCAGAACCUCCUUCCUCCUCCAGAGUGUAAUUAUGUAAACAGUGCACUCCCAGUUAGGAAUCAGUUUCCUCACGAAGGAAACGGCCUUGUCGUGAUCACAGGACCCCAUCUGAGACACUGUGAAGUCAUUGCACCACCACUAGGUUAUUGUUCUUUUACUGCUUUAAAUCCUAAGAUAUGUCCCCAGUUUUAUAGAGUCAUUGUAUUUCCUGGAAAGUUGCUAGAAGCAGAUUGAGAAUCCAUUAGCAGUCAUUUUGUUGACUGUGGCAUUUGGUUUCAGUACCUUAGACAGCUACUGUGACUUCCUGGUAAGCACGGGCCAGUCCCUUCUCUCCCCCUGCAGUCAGUCGGCUUGAUAGCACCCUGGAUGGUAUCUGUUCUUCCUCCACGGCCCCCAAAGUAAACGUUUGGAGAGUUUGGGGUCACUUGUACCACUGAGAAAGUAUUAUCGGGAUAGCAAUAUUAACUGUCUGCCUGUGGCGGUAGGAGGAGUGUGCCAGGAUGCAUGAAUAGAAAUUAACUUCAAACUCCUGUCAGAAAGUAAUGUGUAGGUUCUUUCUGAAAUAGACUACAGCUUAUUAGAAAGCACUGAAUCCAAAGUAUAUAGAAACAUACAGAUAGAGAAAAUAUAACUGUGAUGUUUUUGUCUUACAUCAUUACUGGAAACACCCACACAUGAACUGGAGUUCCCUCUGAAUGAAACCAAUGUCAAAUCUUCAACGUAUGACCUCCAACCCUAGGUGCCAAGUGCCCAGCGACAGUUGUUUACACACCUGAGACACGUAUUCUGGUAGCUGUGAUCUUGGGCCUGGACAUACAGAAGAGACGUCGUGACCAAUCAAGCUGGUGGAGAAAAAGCACAAAAUUCAACAUCAACCUAUAGUGAGGACCCCAAAGAGAUACUGACAAUUCUGGCAAAAAAAAAAAAAAAAAAAAAACUAUGAAUCUGAUUGGACAAGGCAACAUCCAGCUUCCCACAAGAAGGACUGGGAAUAAAUGGCAUUCCCGAACUGUAUUUGGUCUUUGAAUCCCAAUCAGGACAGAUCCACCUUCAUCGUAUAUGGGUUUUGGUGGUGCGACAACUCGAUUUUGGUCCCAGGCUCUCCAUUCUGCACUGGCCACAAAAGAAAAAGAAAGUGACAGGAUAUUAAGGAAAUAUUUCGAUGGCAGACUCAGAGACUGAAGUGUUCAUAUUCCGGUUCGGAUGAGCUUCAAUAUGAAUUUGCAUCUUGCCUCUGCGCUGCUUGCUAUUUUUUAAUGAUAGGAGAAAGCAUAACAGUUUAUUUUAAAUAUGAAAUAUAUUGCUAUAUUAUAAAGUAUAUUGUAACUUUCAAUUAACAUUUUGUAUUAAACUAGUCUUAGCAGGUCCAGUGUCAGCCUGCUCUCCCAACAACUGUUUCUGAGUACACAUCACUGUCAGAGGUAGCCUGGGGUUUACCUGGCCUGGGGUCCCUAUCAACAGCCAUACUCUCAUUCUCCAAGAGCUGGCUAUAAGUGACAAAAAAGAAAACACUAUUACAAGCUUGGGAGAACAAUUCUACCCUAAAUUCUGUCAAGCCAUUUCAGAAGAGAUAUUUAAAAGCCAUUUCUCCUUUGUGGCUGUGCAUAGCCUGUUUAAUAAAAGGGCAGAUUCUUUCCACAUAAAUGCAAAGGCCCCAUCCUAUUCCACUCCACAAAUUAGGUCUCUAACUCAGUCAACAAGUUUUCCUUUCCAGGGUUGGCAUCAAGUAUAAGGAAGGGUCCUGAUUUCCUGUGACUCAAAAUACAGUACUUGAAAUUCUAAGCAUUAAGCAUUUCUCUAUGGAAGAGUGGGGGCAGGAUCAGCAGUCCACUCAGGCAGGGCUGGAGGAGAACCCAGCAUGCAGAUGUGCUUUUCUGAGCUGGCAGCACUCCAGAGGGAGCAAGGUGGCUGCAUGUUUAUCACUUCAUGUGGAGCCCAGCUCCCAAGGGAAUGAUGGAAGGAGGGGGCAGGAUAUGCAUGGGAGAGCCAAGCUUCCUUUGCUAUUACUCUACCUUUGCUGGGAAAAAAUCAUUUCAAUUGAGAUGUAUUCUUUAUGGCAAAAUCAAGCAACUCCUGAAAUCCAUUCCCCUCCUUCUCCAUAUAGUGGCCUAGCACAUAUGCAGAAUUUCCCUGUUCUCUCCUUUGAAUGACCAGGGCCUUAUCUCUGGAAGAAAACGAUGUGUUCAUUAAGAACCAAGGUUCCCUACAGACAAAGUAGCAUCAGAGUAGAUUUAACCAAGGCUUUGUGUCUGUUCCCUUCACAAACUCUAACAGAUAGUACAGACAGUAAAAAACAGAUUUUCUCCUGGGAAAAAGGUCUGGAAUCCUGUCAAAUUUCAAAGUAUUUAAGUUUUGAGCUUCAAUUCUCUCUCUCUCUCUCUCUCUCUCUCUCUCUCUCUCUCUCUCUCUCUCAAGACAGGGUCUUACUAUGUAGUUCACACUUGUACUCAAUAUUUAGUCCACACUGGCCUCAAACUAGAGGUGACCCUCCUGCCUCAGCCUGAGAUACAAGCAUGUGCCACCACACCAGGAUCUUUGAGCUUCAAUUCUUUUAUUCAUUGAACCAAUCAAGGCUUGGGUCUCUGUGGCAUUAGUUACGUCACCUGAAAGAGAAAGACCUAAGUGCCCAGUUUCAGUCUGCAGGUCAACACUCUCUUGUGCACAGGCCAUGUUCUGUGGAGCUAAGUUCUCCCAGCAUCUAUAUUUCCCUGUAUGGUAGGCUGAGCUCCAUUAAAGGCUCAGAACUCUGGGGCGCCUGUUUUCAGUAGGUUCCUUACUCACUGGGUAAUGGAAAUUAGCUAAUUCUCAAUUUGUAAUUGACUGAUGAAAUGUACUAGUGGUAAUCGAUUUGUUUCUUAACACUUUGCUAGCACUAAAUGGAACUCUCUUUUGGCUUUUCUUUCUAGCACCUCUCAGACCAAGACAUUUACAUUUAUAGAGAACAAUUAUUUUCUGACCUUUCCCACAAAGUCGUUAUUCAUCUAAAAUCAGGGAAGCCAAUUCAGUUUCAGACUUGGGAAAGCAGACCUCUGCGCGGUAAUUCAGGUAUAUUGCUAUGUGGUAAUCCUUGCUCCACAAUGUAUGGUCUGCAGACCCCAGCAUUAGCAUCUCCUGAAAACUUGCUAGAAAUGAAGAAUCCCAGACCCCACACCAAACAUGCUUAACGAGAACUGGCAUUUUAACAAACCCCUAGGUGAUCUGUACACUCAGUAAAUGUUGAGACACCGCAAAGGUAACUGACUUCAUUAAUCAGAGAGUUAAACCAAUUCUUCCUUGAGUCUCAUUUACCAAAUUAUUUGAUGGCUGAAAGGUCCUGUUGGUCAUAAGGAUAGAGAUGAACGGAUCUUAAAAUCCAUUUGAAGUCAUAUAGCUGGGAUGAUGUAUAUGAAAUAUAGUGAAGUCGACAUGGGAAGUCUUAUUCUAAUUUGUCAAGUGCUUCCUGAUUUGUCCUGAGCCCCCUCAAAGCCCUUUUUAGAUUUUCCAUUUUAGCCACUAUGAGUAGGGCCACAGGAGGCAGAACCUUGGGGGCCAGUCCCCUGAAUAAAAAAACCACACAGUCUCCAUUCAGAAUAGUGCAGAAAUAGCUGUGUUCCUGAUCCCUGGGUUCCUUUCCCGAUCAGCACAGUGUCCUACCAGUGUCCUACUCUCAAGGAACUAGCAGAAGAAAUAUUCCAAUCAUCCAGAAAUACUCCUAAUUUCUUCUUAAGCCCAUUCCCUUAUUUAUUAUGCCAGCCAAGAUGGGAAGGAAAGAUGUGAAUUCUAAUGUUGGCAUUGUAAAUCGAUAUGUACCCAGAAACAGUUAUGUUCUAAAUUAAUGGCUUUAACCUGUUCAUUGUAAAAAGUGCCUUGGACUUCAAUCUAAAGAGGUCAGUAUAAAUAUAUAUAUGUGUGUGUGAUGUGUAUGUAGGCAAAUAUUUACAGAUUCAUACAUACAUAGGUGCACACACUUAUACCUGCACAUUCAUACACAAUAGACAUAAAUAUAUAAAUGCUUCGUAAUAUAUCAUAUUGCUAUUCAUAGCUCCAUUUCUUGUCUGGUUCUAUGUUUAUUUGUUUAGUGAGAUUUUUACAUAGAGAGGUUCUAUUCAGGACAUUGAUGUAUUUUUUGUUUGUUUUUUUACUUUUUAUUAAAAAGGUAAAGGAUAUUUAAAAAAAAAAAGUCAAGUGCCUGAAGGUUUUGAAUGGAGUUGUGGUAAAUUUUCUCAUGUCACCAAAGAAGAAACUGAGUUUUCCUUUGUUAAACACGUUUUGGUUUCAGUGACUUUGUUUUCCUUUGAUGUGAGUGUAUGAAAGUGGGGAGAGAGAUUUUGUGACUUGCAGUGGGACCCGUUCCUGUGGUCUCCGCAAGGCAACAGCAAAGAUUUGUCCAGUCGAGGACCAAUUUCCUUCCCACACCAGCAUCAGAAGGGCCUGGCCCUCUAUGUAGGUGUGGCUUGGUUGUUACUGUUAGCAUGUUCCUUGCUAAAACCAUGCAGACACCGCCCUGGGGUGGGCUGUGGAUCACCUUAACAGUGGCUUCCUUCAGUGACACACACACAGGAGGCGAACUGGGUGUGCCUGCACCAGGUGGGAACCUGUGUCUAGGCAGGCUGGCAGAGGGCCUGAGCGGACUCUGCAAUGAUGUAAUUGCCUGUAUGAAUCAGCCUCUUUCUAGGUUAGCAGUAGGUCUCUUCUUUCAGUAGUGUGACAAUUUGUGAUAAACCAACUCUCCCGGGUUAGGAGUGGCCACAGCUCCAGGGAGAGUUGCUAGGUUUCCAUUACUUUGCUCAUGAACUCAAGGAUGCGUUCCCUACCUUUACAAACCUGUUCACUCUGCUUAGUUUCCCGCCUCUGCGGAAAGAUACUCACAGCUGCCAGGGUUAAGUCAGAGAGGUAAAGGCCUUGUGACAGGGUUGCUCAGAAGAGACACUGCACAGUGUCAGGGGGCCAGAAAAACAAUAUAGUCCCCAGACUUCAGGCACAUUUGUGGAGUCAGGGGUGGGAAGGCCCAGAAUCCAAAGGAUGGAAAGGAAGUCCCCUAAAUGGAGACUUGGAACCUCUCACUUUCAUCCUUAUGUUUUCCUCUUAGCUCUAGAUAAAAGCCACUACCCAUAAUGCAACUUAGGUGCUUUGGGAAAGAAUAUCUAAUACUUGGGACUUUUUCCAUGUUGGUGGACCUAAAACAUUUUUCAAAAAAUAUAUCAAGCUGUAUUUCUCCUAUGAUUCAUUGUUGAAAGCUCUCUUCCAAAAAUUCCUUAUGAAUAAAUAUCUUUAUCAACUCA